AUUUGCUCUUAGUUUCCACACUUUCCUGUCUGUGCUAUAUGGAGUCUUGUGGUCAGUGCGUUAUAUUUCUCAUGUCCCUUCGACAGCUGGAUUUUUGAGGAGUUCUUAUCAUUAGGCGCUCAAACAGAUCAGGAAGUGGGAUAAAGAGUGAAAAUAUGAAUAAAGGCUUUGGUGUUUGGGCGCAUCACAGCAGAAGUGAAGGGGAAAAUUCUGGUGACUUAAAAACCACUAUUUACUCUGAAGAAGUAGAAAUCACAGAAAAUCCUCUCCACAAUAAUGCAGUCCAAGGCACUGAACAAAGAAAACUGAGACCAGGAACUGUGAGCUCCAUUGGAAUCCUAGCUGAGAACAACGUGCAAUGGAGCCUUUACCUUUUGAAAUGCCAGUGGACACAGUGCAACGCGUGGCGUCUGAACUUAGAUGUCAUCCUACAGAUGAGAGGGUUGCUCUCCAUCUUGAUGAGAAAGAUAAGCUGAGGCACUUCAGGGAGUAUUUUUGUAUUCCCAAAAUGCAGGAUCUACCUCCAAUUGAUUUAUCAUUAGUGGGUAAGGAUGAAAAUGCCAUCUAUUUCUUGGGAAAUUCUCUUGGCCUUCAACCAAAAAUGGUUAAAACAUAUCUGGAAGAGGAACUACAUAAGUGGGCCAAAAUGGGAUCCUACGGUCAUGAGACAGGGAAACGUUCUUGGAUUACAGGAGAUGAGACUAUUGUAAGCCUUAUGACUGACAUUGUUGGAGCCAAUGAGAAAGAAAUAGUCCUCAUGAAUGGUUUGACUGUUAAUUUACAUCUUCUACUGUUAUCGUUUUUUAAGCCUACACCAAAACGGUAUAAGAUUCUUCUAGAAGCCAAAGCCUUCCCUUCAGAUCAUUAUGCUGUUGAAUCACAGCUUCAACUUCACAGACUCAAUGUUGAGGAAAGUAUGCGGAUUAUAAAGCCAAGAGAGGGGGAAGAAACUUUGAGAACAGAAGAUAUCCUUGAAGUAAUUGAGAAGGAAGGAGACUCUAUUGCAGUGAUCCUGUUCAGUGGGAUACAUUUUUAUACCGGACAGUUCUUUAAUAUACCUGCCAUCACAAAAGCAGGACAAGCAAAGGGUUGUUUUGUUGGCUUUGAUCUCGCACAUGCAGUUGGAAAUGUUGAACUCCACUUACAUGACUGGGGAGUUGAUUUUGCCUGCUGGUGUUCCUAUAAGUAUUUAAAUUCAGGAGCAGGAGGUCUUGCUGGUGCCUUUGUCCAUGAAAAACAUGCCCAUACAAUUAAACCAGCGUUAGUGGGAUGGUUUGGUCAUGAACUCAGCACUAGAUUUAAAAUGGAUAACAAAUUGCAGUUAAUCCCUGGAGCCCGUGGAUUUAGAAUUUCAAAUCCUCCAAUGUUGUUGGUCUGUUCCUUACAUGCUAGUUUAGAGAUCUUUAACAAAGCAACUAUGAAAGCACUGAGAAGAAAAUCUAUUUUGCUUACUGGUUAUCUGGAAUACAUGAUCAAGCAUUACUAUGGCAAAGAUAAAUCAGAAACCAAGAAGCCAGUUGUGAAAAUAAUUACACCAUCCAAAAUAGAGGAUCGCGGCUGCCAGCUAACAUUAACAUUUUCUGUUCCAGUAAAACACAUAUUUCAAGAACUAGAAAAAAGAGGAAUUGUUUGUGACAAGCGGGAACCAAAUGGCAUCCGAGUGGCUCCAGUUCCUCUCUACAAUUCUUUCCAUGAUGUUUAUAAAUUUAUCCAUCUGCUCAAUGAUGCACUUGAUGCUGCAGAAGAAAGAAAUAGCAGUGUUUAGAGCAAAUUAAGCAAAUAAUAUUGAAAGCUUCUGUGACUAUUAUUUUUAUUCAAUUAUUAGAAGUAUUAAAAAACUGAUUACACAUAGCUAACAUUAAAUUGUAUACUUUACAAAAAACCUGGUACAAUUUUUACAAGUCAAUGUCCCUGAGGAAUCUAUAACUAAUUUCUUGGUGUUUCGUGGAUGAAGGUGUUCAUUGGUCCAAAUAUUAGUACACAGUCUUGCUUAGCUAUUACAUUUCAUGGUCAGUGAAAUUUUUAUUGGUUUAAUUUAUAACUUGACUAUUUCAUAAUAUAUAUGAAUUUUUCUGUCAAUUUUAUAAAUACUACUUUAGUUUUAAUUUCCCAAAGCCUUUCUUAUAAGAAUCACAGUUGAACAGUCUGAUAUACGUAUGAUUUUUGCAAUAUUCUAUCUAGCGCUAAUCUAAGGAACGGAAAAUGUGUUUUCUGAGGCAGUGGCCUUCAAAUAUUUUUGACCACCAUCCACACUAAGAAAUAAAUCUAAUAACAGAAAUCAGUUUUUGUGUGUAUAUGCCUUAGUUUAUGUAUUUUAGUACACACCUUUUAAUAAUAUUUUGACACCUGUGAAAGAAAAGCCUUUCAAUUUUCAAUCAACUGCUUCUUACAAUUGCCAUUGACCACUCUUUCCCAUUACCACCCUUGACAUUAGCAUACUUCUCACAAUGACUACAUAGCACCUUAGUUCAAAUUAAAAAUGAUAUGUACAACAAAAAGUUUCACAAAUUAUUCACCUGUGCUCUGAUAUUUAUUAUUAUAUUUUAAUUUUAUUGCUAUAAGUGUUGGUUGAAACUCAGCAAAUUGAUUUUUCCACCCACUCUUGGGUUCUGAAUCAUUUUUCAAGCAUAUAUCUUUAUAUAAUGUUAUCAAAUUUUCUCUUCUUUUUAAUGGGACUUCCCCUGAUGAAAGACAUUUGCUGUUACUCUGUCGCUAAAAUAGUGCAAUAUAUCACCUGAUGAUACUUUCGAUUGAGGAUUAGAAUUAGGAAAUGACUGCUUCUUCUCUCAACCUCUAUCCCAAAUCUAAGGACCUUUCUUACCCACUGUGAAGUUACAGUUGCGCUCAGCCCUGCUGGGUUUCCCUAGCAUUUAACUGUUGAUGCCAUAACCACUCUUCAUGGAUUGACAAAAUAUUCCAUAUUUGUAUAUAUUUUCAGCAAUAAUUUGCAUUAUUGCUUUAGUAAAGCUUCCCAUUCCAACUUUUGGCAAAAUAUAUCUUUAUAUAUGGAGAAUUUCUCAAAACCUUAAACCUCAACCAUGCCUGGCCUCGUGAAGAAGAAAUCAUUUUUGAACCUCAGCAUGGUAAACAAAACAGAGAUGGUUUCAACUCUCAUGGAAAAUACAGCAAAGUGGGAGAAACAGGUAGUUAACAUAUAAACACUUGUAAUAAAUAUAUAAUUACAAGUUUUAACCACUAUAAAAGACAAACGGAUGAUACUAUAAAAAAUACCUCAAUGGUAUUAAUUAGGCAAUUGAAUAUGGGAAGGUGUAUGAAGGUACUUUUAAGCCUAAAUUCUAAAAUAUUCAUGCUAAUCAAAUUAAAAUUACAUCCAAUUGUAUGUUCAAACCAUUUAAAGCAUGGUCAGCACUAUGUCCUUAUCACUCUGGUAAGAAAUACAGCAUUAGAAAUUCCCUUUCUCCUAGCUUGUGUCCUCCUUCAUCCCCUAAUCCAGGAAUAAUUAUUGAAUUAUAUUCUGUAUUAAUCAUUUCCUUACUUCUUUGAAGUUUUACAUCCAUGUGUGUACUCAUAAAAAUAUAUUAGCUAAUUUGGUCUGUGUAUGGACUUUCUAUAAAGGUAAUUGUACUGUAUUCAUUCUUCUGGUUCUUUUGCUCAACAUAUUUUUUGAGACUCUCCCAUCUGUUGCAUAUUCUGUUUACAUCCCUUUUCAUUGUUUUUCAGUAUUCCUUUAUGUGAUUGGAGUUAUGACUUCAUUCUAUAACUAAUGAACAUUUUCGAUUGUUUCAAUUUUUUUUAAUAUUGCAACAAUAGUGUUAUUAACAUUCUUAGUACAUAUGUUCAAAAGUUUGUCCAGGACAUAUAACUGAAAAUGCUGGGAAUAGAGCAUACAUGUGCUCAACUGUACUAUGUACUGUUAAACUGUUUUCCAAAGUGGUUGCACCAGCUUCCAUUUCAAACAUAAGAGAUGACCAUUCCAUUGCUCCUGAUCUUAGACAAGGGUAGCUAUUGAUUGCUUUUUUUCAUGUACACAGGUUAAAAUAGUCAGGGUAAUUAUUAAAAUAAGGGAGAAUAAAUGUGUAACUUCCAUACAAGUAGAAGGGAAAAAACAGAAGGAGACACACAUGCAAGACCGCACACAGGCACACAUGCACCCAUGCACACUCACAUCCUGCAGUUUAUGCUUCAGAAACCAUUCUUAAUCUGUGGAUUAAGCCAAGCCUAGAAUUUCACAUGGAUUUUACACUUGUCCAGCUCUUUCUCCUUCUCUUUUGUCAUUAUUUCCCUCCUGCAUAACUUUCUGGUGAGCACUCCUUCAAUAAAACAUACUUUCCUAAAACCUCAUCUCAAGCUCUACUUCUAGGGAGCUGAUCUAAGAUAGCACUUCCUUUAUUAUGUCUUAAUAAUCAUAAGUACUUUCUCUUCUCUAUCUAAUAUAAAAUGAAUUUGCAGUUCUACUUCUGUUGGGUUCCACAUACAAUGUUUGUUUCCUCAUGGAUAUUGUAAUUACUAACUUCAAACUGCUCAUAUAUCUUGACCUUUCCUGAAUUCUUUCAGAAGUGGGAUAAAGAGUGUUUUUUAAAAGAUGUAUUUUUUUCUACUAGUUGCCCAUGGUCACUUCUGACACAAGAACCUUUUAAGUUCUUGUUUUCAGGCUUUUCAGAUCACAUGAAUAGCUUGAAAGUGUAAAUAUUAAUCCACAUGAGGGCCAAUUUAUAGUUACUAAUUCUCAGAAGAUAUUAAUUUUCUUGCUGACCCUUUACAUAUUCUUUGGCUGUUGACAUUGUGUCAGGCUCUCCUAUCAGCUCAUUUACCUGGGUCUGUCCCAGGCUUGUUCCAUGUCCUAUUUAGUUAUCAACACUGAAGCUCUGUGACUCUAGGACUUGGCAGAAACUGUUUGGGUGAAAGCCAUGCUUUAAUCCUAAAUUUACUUUGACCCUUGUCUACCUCCCAGGUUUCUGUUUUUAUUUCAUUUUGGAGUUGUAAGAAUUUCUUACUUUUAUGACAUCCCAUUUUAAAAGGCUUGUUUGUUGUUUAUCUUUUUGUAUGGUAUCUAAUAUCCCAUAACAAGUUAUUUGGCAAAAUAUUUUAUGACUAAAAACAAAAAUAUAUAUUAUUUUCUUACAUAGAAUAUGUGAACAAUGGAUUACUCUUUAUCAAUAACUCAAGCACAUUGAUAUAAAUAUCAAUAAUUUUAUAGUGAUGCCUUUGGGAGCUAUUGUAAUACACAGGGUUGUUUGUUAUGAGGUGCUAAAUUAUAUUAUUGUACAAAUCUGACUGGAGAAAAGGCUUUGUGUGAGGUCAAUUACUUAUUUUCAAAUUAAAUAAUAUUUUUUCUGCAGCUAUUUUCUGCUCAGUGUCUUUAUACCUACUCUUGAGUUCUACACAGACAUAUAUCCAAAUUGUGUCAUGUUUGUUUCAUAAACUGAAGUUACUAGAGCAUUGAUUUUGAAGAUUGUUGCAUAAUCUUAAGAAAAUAACCUGCAAACACUGUGGAAGCAUCACAUCAUAAAGCACAAGAUGGAAAUCACUGGAUUAGGGGACCCUGUUACUGAGAUUAUAGAUUUGAUACUUGUACCAGCCAUUACCAUGUGAUUAUGUG